CUGCCAGUGUGACGUAUUAUCUAGUGGACGGGACGCUCCUUCAACAACAACGGCUAGUCAGACACCUCGGUAGCUUUCUAGCAAACAUAGCUACAACAUUCACGCUCUCUACACUGUUUUGGUGUAUAUUAGUCGAUGUGUAUUAAACACACUUCUGUCGUAUGUACUUGUUGGCCCAUUUAAUGAUAUAUUUACGUUGUUUGUCAGCUAGCUGGUUUGCUAAGUUAGCUUAGAACUAGGCUAGUCGCUAAUGCUAACUAGCUAACAUCCCCGACCAUGAGUUCACUAAACUACUCUCCUCCUGCUAAAGAAGAGGGGGUCUGCUGGACGGAGAAAGAAGCUCUUGUGAAAGAGGAGGAUGUUACAGUGAAAGAAGAAGAGAAAGACGUUUCGGUGAAAGAAGCGGGAGAUGCGUUCAGAGUGAAAGAGGAGGCUGUUACAGUAAAAGCAGAGGAAGAGAAAGAGGAGGCUGCUGUUUUUGGAGUGAAGGAGGGAGAGAUAACUGUCGUGGAGGAAGAGGAGGCUGUUACAAUACAAAAACAAGUAGAGGGUGAGGCUGUUACCGUGAAAGAAGAAGAGAAAGACGUUUCAGUGAAAGAAGAGGAAGACUCGUUCAGAGUGAAAGAGGAGGAGGCUGUUACUGUAAAAGAAGAGGAGGAUGCAGUUUAUGGAGUGAAAGAGGAGGAGGGGGAGAUGACUGCCACAUCAAAAAAGGAGGAGGAAGAAGCGGAGGAAACUGGAUAUCUGGGCCCGGUUUCCCAAAGGCAUCUUAAAGCAUCCAAUGGUUCUAACGGUGAAUUUAGCCAUAAGAUGGUUUUGAGAAACCGUUCCCUGAUUAACACUAGAGAGAGGUGGGACAGUCGUGGAUCCUCCGGGGAACCUCAACAACCUCAUGAUGCUGACGAGGCAGAGAAGAGUCUCUCCAGAUCAGAACACCUCAAGAAACACCUGCAGAGAUCCACAGGGAAGAGAACUCACUGCUGCUCUGACUGUGGGAAGAGAUUCACCUCAUUAGGCAUUAAAAUUCAUCAGAGAAUCCACACAGGAGAGAAACCCUAUAGCUGUGAUCAAUGUGGGAAGAGUUUUAUUACAUCUAACAAUCUGACUCGACACAAGAAAACACACACAGGAGAGAAACCUUAUAGCUGUGAUCAAUGUGGGAAGAGUUUUACUGAGUCUAGCAGUCUGACCAAUCACCAGAGAUCACACACAGGAAAGAAAUAUUAUGGCUGUGAUCAAUGUGGGAAGAGUUUUGUUCGAUCUGGCCAUCUGACAAUACACCAGAGAACACACACAGGAGAGAAACCUUAUAGCUGUGGUCAAUGUGGGAAGAGUUUUACUGACUCUGGCAGUCUGACUCGACACCAGAGAAUACACACAGGAGAGAAACCUUUUAGCUGUGAUCAAUGUGGGAAGAGUUUUGUUCGAUCUGGCCAUCUGACAAUACACCAUAGAUCACACACAGGAAAUAAAUCUUAUGGCUGUGAUCAAUGUGGGAAGAGUUUUGUUCGAUCUGGCCAUCUGACAAUACACCAGAGAACACACACAGGAGAGAAAUCUCAUAGCUUUGACCAGAGAUAAUCUGAUAAUAGAUCUCUGAUCAAAUAUUAGAAAAUACAUACAUGAAGGAGUUGUUUCAUGAUAUCAAUGAAUUAAUGUCACAAUGAAGAAUUUUUUAACAUUGCAGUAGGAGUAUUUUAAUAAUGUCACAAUGUAGAACCCUAAACGUUUUCCACCUUAUCAAUUGAUUUCAACAUUAUAUGGAUAUUAGCCUCAGGGGGAAAUCCAGGCUCUGAAAUGGAAGAGUACUAUUAAUGUGAUUUAACAAAAAGUGACUAACAAAAAAAGAGUUGUGUUACACUUACCACGUUGGUGACCCACUUGAAUCAAAAUGCAACACUUCAAAAUGUAGCUAGCUGUUUUCUACAAAUUGUCCUCUAACCAGUGAUGUACACAUUAUUCCCAGAUUCCGUGUGGUUUUUGAGCUGUUAGUUUAAACAGGACGUGCAACCUCAUCUCCCUCCUCUCGCACAAAUGAUUUUAGCAUGAUAUCGAUGAGUGAUGACAAAUAAGUGUUGAGUUCCUUUGUUUAGCAACCCCUACAUUUAAAGGCAUCACUCCAAAAUGUAGCUGACUGUCUUCUGCAGGUUGUCCUCUAAUCAGUGAGGUAAAAGAUAUCUCCCAUUUCCAUGUGUUUUUGUUUAGUUGUGUUAGUUACAACAGCACGUACAACCUGAUUUCCCCCUAAUCGAUAUCAGUUAUUUAUUGCUACUCGUCAAAACAACAGCGUUUUUGGUGCGUGUGCAAUUUAUAAAGUGCUUGUUUAAAAAAAAUACAAGUAAUAUAAUUAUAGUGGCAGAUGUUUGUCUAUAUAGCACAUUUUAUGUUUAGGUUUUCAAUUUAUCCCAAACUGUUUCUGCAUAUUGGUUAUUGAUUUGGACACUUUAAAACUGUUUUUUGACAUUGGUGCUAUUUCAUAUUUUCAUUUCAUGUAACGUUUAGUAAUGAUAUUUAUUUAUGCAACCAACUGACAAUUUUUUGGUAGAAUUAUAUUGACAUUGUUGCCCUGCUUUUAGAAUAUCAGGGUUAAUUCUCACAUGUGCCAACCCAAGUUUACUAGAGCAUAACAUUGCGAACUGGGCCCCGAUCCAACAACAUGCCUAUCUAGUGAACCCUGGUUACUACGGGUAUUGCAGGAGUUUCCUCUUGAAAUCAGACAUGUCUGUGGUAAAGACAACUUGGUUGCUGAUUGUCUCAAGGGUGGGCAGUUAAAAAGUUUUGUGUUUUGCAUUUAACCAGUGCAUUGCCAUGGAUCACAAUUUAUUUUGACUGCAUGGUUUUCCGUAUUGGAGAUGAGUUUUGUUUGGGCUCGUUCCAAGGGGACGAGAGUUCUAGAAGCUAGUGGGGAAAAAAUAUUUUAAAAUAUUGUUUUUAAUUGUUGACAGCCAGUGGACACCAUGUUUAUAUUGGUGAAGGUGAAGCAUUGUAGUUGAUUUAUAAUGUGAAUUGGAAGUUGUUUUCUGUUGGUAAACAUUCUCUUAAGGUGUUACAGUCUUUGGUUUUUCCAUUUAUGUUUUGAGGUUUGGAUUUUAGCACGUAUAGCUCGUUAGUACGUAGGGCGCACUGAUUGGUGUCACCUUGUUAGUCAGUAUGUGUUACACCUGUGCUGGCUUUUCCAUCUCGUUAGUGGGAAGGGGUUUCACCUGAGCUGGUCCAGGUUUUAUUUAAGAGUGUCUGGCCCAGUGCUCCAGUUGUCUUGAUAGAUGUGGAGAGUCAACACCUUUUAGUUGCUCCACCUUUUUGGUUUACUUCCUGUCUUUAAGUUUGGUGUGGGUUUUUCUUUUGUUUGCCUCUUCUUGGGCAGAUUUAGUGGGUGUCUUAUGUCCCAGUUGUUGUUACUAGUCAACUUUCAGUGGACACCCUCAUAGUGUCUUUCAGAGCCCCUCCUAAAACCACACCUGUUUUGUUGGUUGUUGUUGUUAGUUCUCUCUUCUGUUUGAGGGACAUUUUUGGUUUUCUUGCUGGAGAACAUAUCAUAAAACAAUGGAGUAAGACAAGAUAUUUUGGGUUGGAUAUUGCAGUGAAUUGUUAAUAUUUUCAUCGAUGAAAUUUACUUAGAAUGCUCAUUAGUUUUUCAGUUAUUCAGUUUUUUUUAUUUUAUGUUUGUCUAUUAAAUAUUUCAUGUUUUUUCCUGUGAAGCCAUUGCGUGGCAUCCAUGUCUGAAAUGUGCUGUAUAAAUAAAGCUUGAUUUGAUUUGAACAUAUGAA